AUGACUCAACCAAUUCCCACAUCGUACGCACCGGUUGCAGAAGGGAAUCCCAAAGCUCCCGCGAUCCAGCUACCCGAUGGCACCGUCCAGACGUCGGCGCUUCUAGUCCCGAAUAAUCAAUCCGCUCACUAUCGCAGCGGCCAUGUCAACUUGGAUACUUUCUCGCCUGUCAAUGAAAAUGGGAGCUUCGAAUUCGAUCGGGUCCUGAAGACUGGAAAGGUGUUUCGUCGCGUGAAGCACAAACAUGCAUUCAGGGCCUCCUGGAAACCGGCAUAUCUCGUUCUACGUCCCAACCUUCUGUCAGUAUACAAGGAUGAGGAGGCCACGAGGCUCCGAGCCUCUAUCACGUUGUCUGAGGUCACGGCCGUUGCGUCGGUUAGGUCCCCCAGAUCCAACCGACAGCACGUUUUUGGCGUUUUCUCGCCGUCGAAGAAUUAUCGCUUCCAGGCAUCUUCGGAAAAAGAGGCCGAAGCUUGGAUUAGACACAUUCGAUCAGAAACCCGCAUGGACGAAGACGAAGAGGCCUUCCUCGCCUUAUCAAAGAAUAGCGACACCGCCGGCAACAACAAGCGCCGCAUCUAUGACACAACCGACCACUCCGAUUUUGAUCAGCGCGGACGACCAAGUUCUCCGGAAGUCGGAGAUUCAUUGUCACCCACUUACCAUUCGAGGCGUUUUGCCUCGCCCCAUGAUCACUCGGGAAAUGAUAUCACGUCAUAUUCAGAAUGGUCCGAUGGCCCUGGGAAUAACAACGGCGUUCGCAUGACAUCGCCUUCCAUUCAAAACCAGCCUGCAUCAGUGCAUAGCGACGGCCCUUCCUCGAUUCCGCGCAAUGAGUCCGCAGUCCUACGUGACCCGGAGAGAGUUGUAUGCAACGGGUAUCUUCAAUGCCUCAAAAUAAAGGGAUCUAUGCGCCACUGGAAGCGACUAUGGGUUGUGCUGCGCCCGAAAAGCCUUGGUUUCUAUAAAGAUGAACAGGAAUACUCUGCCGUCAAAGUCAUACCCAUGGCACAGGUGAUCGACGCUGCUGAAGUCGACCCUAUGUCACGUUCGAAACACUUCUGUCUUCAAAUCAUCGCGGAAGAAAAGUCGUAUCGACUAUGCGCACCGGAUGAAGAAUCUCUUGCAAAGUGGCUAGGUGCUUUGAAGAGCAUUCUCGUCGCCCGCAAGAAACUGGAGCCUGCGCCCGGAGCAGCAGGCCUCCAUUAA